GGCGGCACCUCCGGCUCGCGCCGUGCCUCCGGCAGCCCCGCGCGCCCGGGAUCGUCCAUGGGGCCGAGCGGCGCCCGCUGAGGGAGGAGGGGACGGGGAGCGGCGGGAGUCGGUGCCGGCCGCCAUGCAGCAGGUCUUAGACAACCUUACUGAUCUGCCGACCUCGACAGGCGCUGAAGAAAUAGACCUGAUUUUUCUUAAAGGAAUUAUGGAAAACCCUAUCGUAAGAUCACUUGCUAAGGCUCAUGAGCGACUGGAAGACUCUAAACUUGAGGCUGUCAGUGACAACAACCUGGAGCUGGUGAAUGAAAUUCUUGAAGACAUCAGUCCCUUAGUAAAUAAGGAUGAAAAUGUUGCAGAAUUGGUUGGAAUACUCAAGGAGCCUCAUUUUCAGUCACUCUUGGAAGCACAUGAUAUUGUAGCUUCAAAAUGUUACGAUUCCCCUCCUUCUAGCCCAGAAGUCAAUAAUUCUUCAGUGAACAACCAGGUUGUUCCGGUAGAUGCUAUUCGUAUCCUUGGAAUUCACAAAAGAGCGGGAGAACCACUGGGAGUCACAUUUAGAGUCGAGAACAACGAUCUGGUAAUAGCCCGAAUUCUUCAUGGGGGAAUGAUAGAUCGGCAAGGUCUUCUGCAUGUAGGUGACAUUAUUAAAGAGGUGAAUGGCCACGAAGUUGGAAACAAUCCGAAGGAAUUGCAAGAACUACUGAAAAACAUCAGUGGAAGUGUCACUUUGAAAAUUCUCCCCAGCUACAGAGACACUGUCAUUCCUCAACAGGUUUUUGUGAAGUGUCAUUUUGAUUAUAAUCCAUAUAAUGACAACCUCAUCCCAUGCAAAGAAGCAGGUUUGAAAUUUUCUAAAGGAGAAAUUCUUCAGAUUGUAAACCGGGAAGAUCCGAAUUGGUGGCAGGCUAGUCAUGUCAAAGAAGGAGGAAGUGCAGGUCUAAUUCCUAGCCAGUUCCUGGAAGAGAAGAGAAAGGCUUUUGUUAGGAGGGACUGGGACAACUCAGGGCCUUUCUGUGGAACAAUAAGCAGCAAAAAAAAGAAAAAGAUGAUGUAUCUCACAACAAGAAAUGCAGAAUUUGAUCGUCAUGAAAUCCAGAUAUAUGAGGAAGUAGCCAAAAUGCCUCCUUUUCAGAGGAAAACCCUGGUCUUGAUUGGGGCCCAAGGCGUGGGGCGAAGGAGUUUGAAGAACAGGUUUAUUGUAUUGAAUCCUACUAGAUUUGGAACUACAGUGCCAUUUACUUCACGAAAGCCUAGGGAUGAUGAAAAAGAUGGGCAAGCGUACAGAUUUGUGUCACGAGCCGAAAUGGAGAUGGAUAUUAAAGCUGGCAGAUACUUAGAGCAUGGAGAGUAUGAAGGAAAUCUUUAUGGCACCAAAAUUGAUUCCAUCCUUGAAGUUGUUCAGACAGGAAGGACCUGCAUCUUGGACGUAAAUCCACAGGCCCUAAAAAUACUGAGGACUUCAGAAUUCAUGCCCUAUGUGGUGUUUAUUGCUGCUCCAGAGUUGGAGACUUUGCGAGCUAUGCACAAGGCUGUGGUAGAUGCUGGAAUUACAACCAAACUUCUUACUGACACUGAUCUGAAAAAAACAGUGGAUGAGAGCGCCCGGAUCCAGCGAGCCUACAACCACUACUUUGACCUGACCAUUGUAAAUGACAACCUGGACAAAGCCUUUGAGAAGCUGCAGACGGCCAUCGAGAGACUGAGGCUGGAGCCGCAGUGGGUCCCCAUCAGCUGGGUCUAUUGAGAGCUUAAGUAACAAAUAAAGUCAACAGCAGCAAAUGCGACGUGUAGAUACUGAUGAUAACCUACAGCACCUGUGCAUUUUUACUCUGUGUAUAUUCAAAAGUACACUGUUCUGAAUUUUUAUAAAAAUGUUGAAGAGAAAGUGUACUUAAAUAUGUAAUUUAUUUUAAUUUUUCUAACUUUUUACAGAUAACCUUUCUAUUCAUAUCACAUGAAGGAAAUGCGUUUAAGCAUUUUUCUAUGUUUUGAUUUAGUACCUUUGCCUUUUUCAUCUGAGAAACUUUCAUUCACUUCAACAUUUACAUCUUGGUCUUACAUUUUCACUGUGAUUAAAAAAAGGAUACUUGAAACAAUUUUUGUAAAAUUUGUUAAUGUCAGUGUUUAACUGAUCAAAAGUCUAUAGCUCUUAUUAGGAAAGAACACUGAUUUCUUUGGGUGUUUUUUUUUUUUUCUUUAAAAAAUAAUAAUUUCAUGGGAGCAUAAUUUUAAAUAUUAAAAGCAGUAACAAAAACAGAGGUCCAUUGCUCCAGCUGCUUUCAAGCUUAAUGUUGGUGCAUUCCUAAUGUUUCACAAGUUCUUGCUAUCUCUUGGUUUAGAUAACUUUUGUGUAGGUUCCCUUAUAUCUGUCUCCUAAAAUAACAUAGAGCAAUACCUUGCAAGCUGCUUAUUAGGCUUUCUUGGGAGCCAACCUGUUAGCCCAUUACAGUUGAAGUACUGACAUUAGAAAGUCAUAUGCAAGGUAAUUCAGUGCAAUUUGAAUAAUGGUGAAGUAGCUUGAGAGAGAACCUGAUAACGUGGAGCCUUGUCGGUGACACUUAACGUUUAGGACUAUUGAUUCACACUUGUGAAAACAUGUUGCUUAAAACAAAAAGGAAAAAAAAAAAAGCAUUUUCUUUUCUUAGGACAUUGUUCUGUAUUUGUAUAGUGAUCUGUGGCUUCAUUUCCUGUGAUGUCUAGCUGGGUUCUAAGUUAUCUUUUAAAUAUUUGUGUGUGAUCAACUGCUGUAUUUUAUGAGUGUUGUGUAAUGGCAUUUCUGUGCUUUUUCUUACAUUGUUUUUAAUUGUAUUUUUCAUUAGAUAGCUCGUGAAUUGGAAGUUUACUACUAAAAAGCAAGGUUGUUUAUAAUUUUUUUUGUUUACAAUGUAUUUCCUUUUUAGUGACAAUUCUCCCCUCAGUAGGCUCAUUGAUAUAAUUUGUAUUAGGUUCAGAUUCAUUGAUCAAAACUUAAGCUGAUGUAAAUUUCUGCUUAAUGAGAACAGAAGGAAAAUACAGCUUGUUGCUCAGAUGA